UUUCGUUGCUAUUGGUUCGUUACCACGGCAAUUGUAAGGCCCAAAACAGCUGUUGGCUAUUUAGUUAGCGUUAAGGAGAGUACUUCUUUUGGCGGCUCGCUUAAAAACACACAAGAUGGACUCAGCUCGCAAUGCAAAUAUUUGUAGGCGAUUCUUAAAUGGCUCGUGCAGAUUUGGCCCAAGAUGUUAUUACAGACAUGAGUGGCCUGUAGUGCCAUCGUCCCAAAUAUGUAGAUACUAUCAGAAAGGUGCAUGUUGGUAUGGUGAACGCUGCAGGUAUCUCCAUGUUCUCCAGCCUGUGGUUGGCAUGGCUGGCGCAGGUAGAAGGGGUACAGUGCCUUCUGUUUCCUUCCCCAGUGAGGCUCACUCUUCCACUGACAGAAGAGGUUCAGAACCAUCAUUUCUACAUUCUAAUGUCACAUCCAGGCAGGAAUGCAGUGGAUCACAGCAGACAGUUAAUGCCUUAAAUCCUCAGCACAACACUACACCUGAUGAUGCAAGGACCCAGUCACAAGUGCAAACUAGCGUGGAGCCUGUUCAGAACCCAGAAAUUGCUCAAGCAAGUGAAAAUCAAGAGGUAGAGGAGGGGUCGUCUGAAUCUGAACCACAUGAGGGUGGAGCUGCUGCUGCUUCAGCUCAGAGUAAUGGAGGUGAGGAGGAAAUGGAGGCCUUCCUGCAGAGUAAUAAUGUAAUCUGUGGGAUCUGUAUGGAAAAAGUCUAUGAAAAGGAGAAUACAAAAGAUCACAUGUUUGGGAUUUUGCCAAACUGCAAUCAUCCCUUCUGUUUACAAUGCAUCACAACCUGGAGGAAAACAAAAGAUUUCAGGCCUGAAGUUGUAAGGUCUUGCCCACAGUGUCGAGUGAGGUCUGCUUUUUACGUGCCAAGCAAGUACUGGGUUGAAGGACAAGCAAAGCAGAGUUUGAUUGAUUCAUUCAAGAAGAAAUUUAGUAAGAAAAGAUGCUGCUUCUAUGACCGAUGUGGAUACUGUCCCUUCAAAACAGAGUGUCUUUAUCAACACAUUGGGAGCUUCAAUCACGUGUUUUCUUAUUUCUCUGAAGACGAUGACGAUGAAGAUGGUGUUGAUCUGCUUGGCUUUUUCCUAGCUAUGACCCUUCUUGGUGGUGAAGAUAGUGAUGAUGACAUGCCCGUUUACAUAGCUGAAGACGACUAGUUCUGAGUAGCUUCAUUAUUUCUUUCAGUGACCAAAACACUGAUUGUGACAUCACUAAAACGGCUUGUUCUGGGAAUCAUGCCUGUGUUUUGACUCCUUUAUUGAAUCUGUACUAAACCACUAUUGAAGUGGCCUUUUAUCAUCAUCAUCAAUAUCUCUGCUUUUGCCACAGAGUCCUAAGUGCGUUUAGGUUUUUGUAUUGUCACAACUGAUUUUGUAAUCUGUCAUUUGUGCCGUUUAGCUAAUCAUGCUAUAGUUGGAUUAGAAUCAUUUGAUCCCGACCUUUCCACAGCGUGUGAUUUGACUUUCCCAGAUGAAACCGCAUUCAUCAUAUCCCUGAUUUUGGUUGACAUCCAUUUUCUUAUAUAUUGAGGUAAUUUACCAACCUUGGUGUCUUGUUUACUUUCCACCCAUACUAUUUACUCAUCACAUUGUUGAUGGCUCAUUUUGAACUAGUUCUAGUAAUUUUGGAAACUAUAGAUGUUUUUAAAGUGUUGUGUGGAUGGUGGUUUUAAUUGCCUAAAGGUAAAAAGUACACUGUGCCCCUUCUUGAUCAACUUUAAUACUGAUUAUUUGCCUCAAGUGAUUGCUGUGACUUUUCCUAGUUUGGGGCAAGAAUGUGACAUUGAGAUUUUAUCCCUUUUUUUAAAAGACGAAAAAAAAAGUUGUACACUGAAAAUAAAACGUUUGCCUCACUGAAUAAAUGUCUUGUAUUGAA